CUCAAAACUCCCAAAUGAGCAGACCAGAGAGAGAAGGACCUCCCGAUCUGUUCUACAACGAACAGGAAGCAAAGAAAUACGCCAACAACAGUCGUAUUCGGUUAAUUCAGGCGCAGCUAUCCGAUCGUGCCAUUGAUUUAUUGGUAUUACCAGAGGGUGAGCCUGCACUGUUAUUGGACAUUGGUUGUGGAAGUGGUUUGAGUGGAGAAUGCAUCUCCAAUAGAGGUCAUCAUUGGAUUGGUUGUGAUAUUAGUCCUUCCAUGUUGGACAUUGCCAUUUCCAAUGGAGUUGAAGGAGAUAUAAUGAAACAAGAUAUGGGUCAAGGUCUUCCCUUCCGCUCUGGCAUUUUCGAUGGUGCCAUCAGUAUUUCUGCCGUUCAAUGGUUGUGCUACUCAAACUCGAAAGGAGAGAACCCUGUUCGCCGUUUAACUGCUUUCUUUAUGUCACUGUAUAAUUGCCUCCGUUCUGGAGCGAGAGCUGUCAUUCAAUUAUACCCGGAAACUCCCGAGCAAAUGGAGUUGAUAUCGAAAACGGCUACGAAAUGUGGCUUUUCUGGAGGAUUGGUCGUGGAUUUCCCGAACAGUGCCAAGGCAAAGAAGAUGUAUUUAGUGCUGAAGGCAGGAAACGACCCGAACUUUGUGGUUCCGAAAGGUUUGAGCGACGAGAACGGGGAAGAAGCGACGGAUAUUCGGUUUACAGCGCGUGAGAAAGCGCUGCGUCGUCGUCAUCGUGGUCGCGAGUUCGCUCCGAUAAAGAGCAAAGAGUGGAUCAUGAAGAAGAAGGAGAAGCAGCAAGCUAUGGGACGAAGAACGGCGAGAGAUUCGAAAUACACGGGAAGAAAGAGACCAACUCCUUUUUAUUGUCUUUUUUCAGUGGGCUCCGAACCACAGCCUCCUUUGCCUCCAUGGCAGCCUCCAUGGCAGCCUCCCUUGCCUUUACAGCCGCCUUCUCCUCCACAGCAGCCGCCUUCUCCUCCAUGA